UAAACACGCAAAUUGUCGUCGCAGUUCACCUUCGGUGGCCAAUUUAUUGUCAACACCAGAUGAAAAGUCCCCGCUCUGGGGAACCACCGGCGACCAGACCACAAGACGUGACUGCGCCUUCAAGUCGUUCGCUUUAAUCAGCGAUCGUGGCUCCUAUAAAAGGCGCCACUUUUCCAAAGACUGGCAUCAGUUCGAUUUGAUAACUCGAAGCAAAAUGAAAUUCACCAUCGUUUUUCUGCUGCUGGCCUGCAUCUUCGCCGUGGCUCUGGCCACGCCCGGAAAGCCAAGACCCUACAGCCCGCGGCCCACCUCCCAUCCACGCCCCAUUCGUGUGAGGCGCGAAGCUCUGGCCAUCGAAGAUCACCUGGGACUGGUUCAACCCGCUGCUGUGGUCCGCCCACCUCCAAUCUUGCCAGUCUAAAGUCAUGGGACACCAGGAAAAAUAUAUAAAAAAAAAAAUGUUUUAACAUUGUUUAUUAAAAAUUGCUUGUCACUUUUGUACAAUAAAUGAAGCUUCACUAAAAAAACA